AUGGCUCGAAAGGGGAACCAACAAAGGAAUGGCUUGCAUCAUGGUGGAUCUAAUCUCACAGAUACAAAGUCUGAGACUGCGGGCAAGCCAUUAUCAGAUGAAAGUGAUACGUUCAAAUCAUGUGAGGGAAAAGUUCCUGACAGUAACACAGUUCCAAUUUGUGAAGUUCACGGCCAAUUGAACAACCCUUUGGAAGAUGGGACAACAUCUACUAAGUUUUCUGCAAGAAGGAAAAAAAGUAACAAAAGAUCUGGCAAAGGUUCUAAUAGACAAAGGUCAGAGGACAGUAGAAUGCCAAAUUUAGAAGAGUCUGUUCCCUCAUCUAGUAAAACAAAAGAUGGUGCAGAUUUUGGUUCAAUAUUUGAUGGUGCUGAAACAAGAGAAUAUGGUGGAGUACCACAGGAUAGCAAUAUCAAUUACGAGAGUCCAAGGAAUAAUAUGCGUGAUAAUUCGACUGGUGAAAAUGUGUCCGCUAGUAGCAAAUCUUCAGAUACAAUGCCCAGUGGCGGGUUAACCACAUUGACUACAUAUGUUCUAGGAGUAGUGAAGGAAUGGCUUUGGAAGCAGAAGCCAUGGGUCACCAGCUUGUCAAUGCAAACAUAUGAUUUGUGGAACAAGGCCCUUAUCAAAAUAGAGCAUGGAUAUCCCAUUGUUUUGACUUGGAUUUUGCACGUAGGAAAGUUAAUUUUUCUUCUAUCCAUGGUCUGGCUGGACUGUAGCCUUAGAGGACUUGAUUCCUUGUUACGGUUGGGCACAACAUCUCUUUUUACUGUUAUUUGGUGCAGUGUACUCUCAACUAUUGCAAUGAUCGGAUUCUCAAAAAUGUUCACUAUUAUGGUGAGUGUUAAUUUUAUUGGUUUUUUUCUGUUUUUAAUAAAAGAACCCUGCACUGGGUGCUCCAAAUUCAAGCUAUUUAGCAAGCGGUUCCUAUAUGCCGAUAAUGGAUUGCGGAAGUAACCUGUUUGGUUACGGUGUUUUGUUAAAUGUACAUAUAGACUAACAUUUUAGCUAGUUUCUGAUAAUUUAUAACUGUAUCCAGACUAUUGCUGAUAAUUUCAUGUCAACAUUGCAAACAAAUAAUUCCUAUGAAUGGAUUGAUACAAAAACUUAUGUCAGUGAACGCCUUAACUUGAGGUCUGCUCAGAUCGCUGGAUAAGAAAAGUGAAGCUUUUUCUAAGACGCAUGUUUUUAUUUUUAUUUGCAUGGUCGAGGAAACCAUAUAAAUUUUCUUUUGAAAUGCUAACAAAGUUUCCUUUUUUAUUGAAAUAAAGCUUCGUAAAAGGCUUGUUCUUGUGUCCAGGAUACAAUGCCAAAGGUUUAUAGUAGAAAGAUUUCCUUGGUGACAAGUGUCCUAAUGUUUUAGCUUCCACUAUAUUUUGGAAAGGACCUUCAGAAGGAAAAUUGUUGAAUGUAUCGAUUGCAUUCAGAAGGAAAUACCUGGUUGAACAACUUGAGGAUUGUAGAAAAUGGGGACGGAAAGCAGAAAGAGUCUUCACCAUGCGUUUUUUUUAAAACCUUAUGAUAGUGGUGGAUAUAGAGUUUGGUGGUAGAGAACGGUUUGGAAACUUCUCUUUGAAAAUUAGUCAGCAAGAGGCUGCCUUCUUGCAUCAAAAUUACAGUCUUUCAAGCCUAAAAUUCAUAGCAGAUGUGUUUCUUAUUUGUGUCGAAGGAGACCAUUGAGUAUUUUUGGUACGUGGGAUUAUUAUUGUGAAGAUAUUUGCGCUUCUUUUCUUUGUAAAUUCAGUUACUUUUUAGAUAUUGAUGUGGCACAAAACUGAUACUCUGUAUGCCUUCGACUGUUGUUUCUAUUUGUGGAAGAUUAUCUGACCAGAUAUAUCAUGAGCUGCUGGGAUAUUAAUAAUAGAAAAUAUAGAUAAAUCUCAGAUGCACUCAGGAAAUGAUUAGCAUGAUUGUAUUGUGUUCCAAAUUUUUCAUGAGCAAUGUAAAUAGCUGAUGUUUUUCAAGUAUGCCUGCUGGAUUUGAUCAAAAAUAGGAAAAACAUGUUACUUUAGCAUGUUCUUAUGAAUCAUCCGCCAUCAUGUUCUAUGUGGAUAGGAAAUAUUUUGGUUUUUUUGGGCUUUAAUAUCUUUACUGCUGUUUUUUUCUUCAAUUUGUCUUGUUUUAGUUCAAUAUACCUUCCAGUUCCUGUUCAUGUGUCAUUAACUGCCGUAGGGAGAAACUUACUUUUAAAUAUUUGAAACUAUAUCACCUCAAAUCCCUUGGCAAUCACUGUAGAUAAUAGGCUGCACUCAGGUAGCUGCGACUUAGUGUUGUGGAUUCAGCAGUAUAGGUUUUAUAUAAGAUAUUCAGACUUAUGUGAGUCAAUUACUUCUGUUUUCAUAGGAUGAAAGGUAUUUUCUCGGGAGAGCAUACUGAGGAAGAUACAUGAGAAAUUGUGGUGAAAGAUUCUUUUUGAGGUUGUUCCACUUAAGGAUCUCUUUGAACCGCAAAGAAAGCUAAAUAGAAUAGCCAGAAAAUAGGCGAAAAAGGUCCAUGAAUCCUUCUUGAGAGUCUCUGGACAUCCACGAAAGAGAUGUCAGAACACAUCAUUUUUGUGUGACCUGGAAAAGAGAAAACUUGAGAAGAGCUUUAGUGAACUGUAUCUUUGUACUUUGUUGACAUUUGGUACUCGGUAAUGAUGUGCACAUGUGCUCAGGUAGUCCACUGAUGUAUAAUACUGUUACAGUGAAUCUUAUAAUAGAUAGGGCAAGAGAAUAAUGCCAAGGUUCUAACAUGUUUUUAGAAGGGAUAGUUCCACAGUCAUCAAACACCAAAAAAAAUAGAAAGAAAGUUUGAACGUGUUUACAACUAGUUCUCCAAAAGACCUCUACCUGACUAGUACAUGACCCAAUAUAAGCUGGAGAUUUCUAUACCCCACGUACAACAUGGCGCACGGCGUAUCCAUCUGGAAUGUCAGGACCAGCCAACCUGACUGUAAACUUGCUGCCUUCCUUCCACUUCUAUCUCCACGGUUUGCCUCUUCCAUUGACAGUUACCAUUUUUGCCUCUACCAUUAUCAGUUAUCACCGAUUGGCCUAGUAGGUCCUCCAAUUGAAAUACCUGAUAUUUGUGAUGCCAAGACCCUCGUCCUGCUGUCUUCAGUAUAUUCUUUCCCAGCUUAUAUUAGUACGAUCUUAGUACUUUUUCCACUCCUAUGACGAAAAGCUCUCCCUUACUCUUCUGACUCUUUGCUGCCUGAUUUGGAAUCCUGAAUUAGGCUGAUUAAUAAAUCCACAGAGGGUAGCAAGACCUUCUAUGGCUCUAGGUAACCAUCAUUCCAUUUCCUUUAUGUUAUUACGCCUCCACAUUUAUGUGCAUUCUUCAUCUAAUUACUACUGCCAAGGGAUGCAGUGUGUUGAUGCAUGCCUCCUGUGCACGCCUGUGCCUACAAAACCUGUGAGGCUUGUUUGUUGCCUCCAGCUGAACCUCACUCCAUCCUGGCAGAGUCGUCUGGCCCAACCAUGUGCAUAUGCAAGCCUCCUCCAUUCCACACAUGAUGUGGCAUGCCAAUGUGCGCCUCCUGUGCGCGUCUGCAACCAGUUCCUACCUUGAUACCAAUUUGUCACCGGUUGGUCAGUCUUAAGUAUACCUUGCUUGCUCCGCCCAUGCCAUCCUGGGUUGCCCUUGACAGACACCUGUGACAAAUAUUCCUAGGAGCGAGGAAGAGCCCCCCCUAUUGAAUUGACAAAGAAAAAAAAGGCAUUCAGCCGACCAGGGAUUGGUUAACCUCGAUUGAACUAUCUGUUUUCUAUUCACACAUAUCUUUCGAUGUAGGAUAAUGAAGAGUACUUGCUCCAUGACCUGGCCAUCACUGUGCUGCUAGUGCUGGAGAUGCAUCCCUUACGCUGGGCCAAUUUUUCACUCACUUUUGAAACCAUCGUCUUAUUUUUAGUUUUUUUAACAGUGGUGAAGUCCUAUUCUUAAGUUAGACUAAGGGGCCUUUACUCUAGUUUGAGUUCAAGUGUCAAUUUUCCACAGCAUCGAAGUUAAUUUUAGACAGGAAUGAAGUUCUAUCUUGACUGGAGAUUUGCGAGUACAAACUUGGACAAGUUGUAGUCGAAUGGAGCUGAAAAGAACAUUUCAGCUCUAAUAUUUCUGAAGUACCUCAAAUCUGUUAGUUAUGGUCAUGUAAAGGUCAUGUGCUUGUUGGCUAUAUUCUAGCUUGAUUCUUGCCCACCUUUGAUUUUUCUACCGUUUUCUUCUUUUUUUUUUUUCUUUUGAACAUAUUUACCUCUUAAUGGUAGUUACAUUGACUUUCGUCUUCUGUCACCGGAUUUUUCUCAUUUUUAUUUUUAUGCAUUAGGUUUCAUCAGAGUCAGAGUCUAUAUUACUGGCAACCUAUAGUCUUAAUAUCUUGAUAAUUCAUUAUCCUGUAAAUGAAAAUAACCGCCAUCUGUGCUCAAGUGUAAUAUAAAGCAUAAUACAAUCAUGCUAUCGCUUCAAUCACCCAGUUUGUGUGGACAGAAAGCAGUUUACUCCAUGUUGAUGGCGUUUGAUGAUUUGCAUUGAUCAAGAUGUUCUGUUCAACUAUUGAUUGUUGAGUACCAUGGUUACAUUCUAAUGCGGGUUUCCUUAUAUCUGGCUUUAUUAACAUUAAUUAUUUGUUUAUUUACUUUCGAUUCAGGUGAUUACUGGUUUGGUAUUUGUCUUCAUUGGUCUGCCAUUUGCAAUAUUGGUGCUAGGAAUUUUCGCAACUAUAAUCUUGUGGAUUUAUGGAAGCUUCUGGACCACUGGUUUUGUCAUCUUUGUUGGAGGUUCGAUUUUUAUUUUGAAGGCUCUCUUAAUAGUCUGAGCCACAUGCUGCUUGCUGAGUUUUCGUGCAUUUUUUUUAUUUAAAAUACUGAAAUGCAGGAAUCUCAUUCGCCACAAAUCACGAGCGAGUCUCACUUUUUAUUGCCACUGGAUAUGCUGUGUACAGUGCUAAAGGUUACAUAGGUUGGCCCGGAUUGAUUUUGGGGUUCAAUUUGGCUUUCUUCUCUGGUGAUGGUCUUAUAUACCUUCUGAAGAACAAGAUAGAUGAUCAGAGAUCUAAUAGGCCUGAGCAGGCUUGGCAAUCCCAUGGUAGGACAGACCACCACUCCAAUGGAGAAACUUGGCAAGAUCCUUUUGUUGAUGAUGCUUCUGUUAGGCACACAGACCGUAGCCCUGGAGUACCAUCGACAAGUGGAGCUGAGACAGAUUUGACAUCUGAAGAAGAAAUUAUGCGGUUGUUGAACUGUAAUGACCAUUACUCUGCUCUGGGCCUUGCCCGUUAUGAAACUAUCGAUGCCUCGUAUCUCAAAAGGGAGUACAGAAAAAAGGUAACAUCUUAUGUAUUUCCCAUUGAAGAGUUUAUAUUCUACAGCUUGCUCUGUUAAGGUUUUGAUUAUGAACCCUAGUUUGGUAAUUGCCUAUUGUUCUUGUGUCUUUUAUUUUAAAAUGAACCUCUGUGUGUUCCAUUUGGCUUCCAGGCAAUGCUAGUCCAUCCUGACAAGAAUAUGGGCAACGAAAAGGCUGCAGAAGCAUUUAAAAAACUUCAGAAUGCAUAUGAAGUGCGUGCCAGUUCAUGCUGUUUUCUCUGCUGAAUAAAACUGAGAACUUAUCUCUUAAGUUGGAACUGAAACCAUCUCAUGCAUUCAAAUCUUCUUCGUCAGGUUUUGUUAGAUUCUUUGAAACGAAAAACGUACGAUGAUGAAUUGAGACGGGAAGAGCUGUUGAACUAUAUCCGAAGGUUACAGACUACCUCCCAAAAGGUAUUCCAUGCUGUUUCGUUGUUUUCUUCACUUCCUACGGAUAUUAAAUCUAACAUCGUUCAUUACACAUGAUUCCACUCCGUGAGCGUUCGUUGGAAUAAAUUGAGGCUAAAAAACUUAACAGAGAAAGAGUACAUCGAGUCACUUUGCCAUCAAAGUGAAAGUCUGAGGAGAAAUGAGGGUGGAGGACUCUUCUGAAAGAAAUUUUUUUGUUGACAUAGUGUCGCAGUUACGUUCCUGUGAGAGGAAAACUAGAUUUUAUUUGACCUUUGAAAAAUGUAGGAGCUCUCCCCUGGCAACCUGUUGGGUGCUCUGCCCUCCUUUGAUCCAUGUCAGUUUCUAAGAGAUGCGGAUUAAGGAGAAAAGAGAGGAUUCCCUUUUGUUUUCAAGGGUAAGGAGGGGAAAGAUCGUUCAAAGGGAGAUUAGAGAAAGAUGAAAAGGAAUGGCUACAACAAGUCAACAGCAGUGACGGUGGGCGGAGAGAGAACAAUAGCGCUGCGGAAAUCAAUAAAAGAACCAUGUAUAGAACCAGAUAUUUAUUUGUCUCUUCAAGCUGACACAGACCACCUAGGUUUUUGGUUGCUUGGACCACUUGUUCCAUCGCAUAUGAUUGUCACUGGAAAGCUGCAAACACGAAAGAGUGAAUGGACAUGCCGUUAAUUUGAAACCUGUGUGACCUUUGGGAUCGUUAACAAUUCGAUGAAUCUUUCACAGCUGAUGGGUGCAAUUGACUGCAUCUUGGGGAUGUGACAUCUGCCUUGAGGUGUCAAUGGAACAAAUGCAGAUCAAUUACAUGUUGUCCACUAACCAGGUUUUCUAGUGAAUUGAGGGCCGCAUUUUAAGAGAAUGUAACCAAAGAAGAGGCACCUAGUCAUAGGCAUGCACAUAAAUGUGGCUGUGUUGUCUGUACAAGUCCUAUCAUCAUAAAUGUGGCUGUGUUUCCAUGAAAAAAUCGCAAUAUGCUCGGAUUUGUACGUGUCCUUCACCUCAGAGGGGUCAUUGAGGUAACAGUGCUAGGGUAUAAAUUUACUCUCAAGUUUGCUUCAUUCCCACCAUUCCAGCGCGAUUAUUUACUUUGAUCAUUUACAUUUGGUUGAAUUUCAUCUUGAAAUAUAGCAGGGUCUAUGUGUUUCAGAGUGCAAGCUGAACCCGGCCUAAAACCUGAACUUUGGCUAUCUACAGUAUGACUAUGGUUGGCUUUCUGGCUAACACAGCUUAUUAGCAUCCCUGGUGAUUAUGGCAUUAAAAAUUAGUGUAGCUAUUUGAUAGUUAAUAUAAUAUUUCUCUUGUAAAAUUUAAAAAUCAGUCCUAAAUUAGUAUGGUUUUUAAUUUUAAUAUUAAGAUGGUGAACAAACCGGUUUUUUUAAUUUUUUGUAGUUGCAGUUACUUGUAGGCGUUUACUUAGUUAUUUUCUAACUAUGUAAAAUUUGUUAAGAUGGCUAAGUAACUUUACUUAGUAAUUUCAUUUUACUUAAUUUUAAUAUUAAGAUGGUGAACAAACCAGUCUUUGGCUUUGAUCAUAAUUUGUAUUAUGAUUUUUCUCUCUUACUUUUGACUUUUUUAGUUAUUUACUGUUUGUUUUGUUUUUCUGAGGGUCUCAGUUUCGUUGAAAUCCCAUCAAAUUGUUUGGGUAAUGUUUUCAAAAUGGUUAGAGAGAAUUAUAAUCAUUUGAUUUCGAAAAUUAACUAUGAUAUUUUCAACAGCCGAAAAUCAUGAUUUGAGUUUUUUAUAAAUCUGAAAAAAUGGAUAGCAUAAUGAAAACGCUGAAGACAGCAAAAGAGAGCUGAUUUGUUUCCAAAGAUGUAGGUCUCCAUUAAAAUUGCAAACCUUUGACUGGUUUGAUCUCCAAACAAAAAUCAUAGAAUUUUGGGUAGAAUGUAUCAGAGCAGUCUGUAAUAAGAUUUAGGCAUGCAUUCUGUAAUAAGAUUUUAUUAUUCAGGGUGUCUUUUGGUCCACAAUAGAUUGGCACCCGUUCCCUCAACUUACGUGCAGAUCAUUUCGCUGUGAUUAUUGGAACUCAAUAUGAUUGGCAAUCAAUUAGAUUGAUCCUCUUAUGAAAAGGGCCAAUUCUCUACGGGGUUAGUUCCUUCCACGCUCGCUAGGAUUGGGGCAUUGGACUCUGCCUCAGUAGGGAUCCAGAUCAACACUUGGCCGGCCAUAUUUUGCAUCAGGAUGGAGAAAAGUUUCUGGUUUAUUCGUUUGCGAUUUGCGGAGUAAUUUUUAUUGUUUCAAGCUGCUGAAGCCAAGGCGCUGAACUUUCACAUGUACCAGCCGAUUCCCCUAGAUAUGACCACCGGUGUGUUGAUACUAACCUUUCAUGAUUGAACGAGUUUCAUUCAAUCAACACAUCCUCAAUGAGUGCUUGGCUCCAGCUCAUUUUUUCCGGUGACUAAAGCUUGGAAGAGGCAGUCAUCUCCUGCUCAAGUUCUGAGGGAGUCCUGAAGGUGCAGAUGAAGAGGCCAAAUCCUUAGGGGAGAUGUUUUCUAGAAAGAGAAGGACAACACCUUUCUUAAGCUGGAUAUUUUGCUGAAGGGAGGGGUAGUGCUGUGAUUUUCCGUGAAGAGUCAACAGGAUGAAGGUCUUUGGGCAAAGACUGAGCCAAACAGUGGAGAGCUGGGAAGGGAUCCAUGUCCUCUCUCACAGCUGCAUGAAAGAACAUUUUUGCGUCACAUUCUGGUUGGGAGCUUUUUUAAUCACCUUGCCGGCUAAAAAAUAAUUCUAAAAAAAGAAAACUAGAGACCCUGAACAAAUUAGUAUGAUUACAUUCAAAGGAAGAAAGUCAUCAAAUUAGUUUCUCUGCAUAAACCGGUGAAUAAUAUGAUGUGGGACAUAAAAAAAAUAAGAAAUAAAAAACUUUUUCAAUUAGGAUCACCAAGAAAUCUGUGGUUUCUGACCUUGUCAUUGCUACUUUUUUGUUUUCUUGGUCCUCCAGAGCGGAAAGCACGGCAUAUUCACCACCUCUGGAUCCGUUCAUCCGAGACCUGAAGAGGAAGCCGCCUCCCUGGGAGACUCGAGAAGAAUAACCUGCAAGAAGUGCGGCGACUUUCAUCUCUGGGCGCAAGCCUCCAGAUCGAAAUCCAGAGCCAGAUGGUGCCAGGUUUCCCCUCCUCGCUUCCCCUCGCACACAUCGGAUGCCAUGCAGCCCUCUAAUCCCUUAGUGUUUCUCCUUCUCGGGGGCGCUUCUCUCAGGAAUGCAAAGACCUCCACCCGGCCAAGGACGGAGACGGAUGGGUAGAACAAUCUUUCCAGCCCCUCUUAUUCGGACUGCUAAACAAGGUACUGGAUCUUUGACCCGACAGCUUCCUCUUCCUCAGCUCCUCAGAGAAUGUUUGGUUGCACCGCCGGCCAACAACAGUCCUUCCCGUGGUUUGAAAAACUGGAUCUUUGACGCAGAUGAGUCCCCCCAUUGCGUAUGUUUGCGCCGACAGCAGGAUAUACGAUGCGACCGAGUGGUUCCUCUGUCAGGUACGACCAUUCAUUCCCCCUUGGUAAACGUCAGGCUCAAAUGUCAACCAACGAGAGGAUUAGAAUUAGAGAGAGAGAGAGAUGUUUGAUGGCACUGGCUGCUUGUCUUCCGCCUGUUUGCUGACGGGAGGAAGCUUCACCUUCUUUGCCUUCCUGUCGCAGGGGAUGAGCUGCCCUGUGAACACCCACAAGCCGAGCUUUCACGUGAACACGAGCGUCGCCUCAAGACACGGCACCGCGAGGCCGGGGGCCGACAGAGGUGGUGGCGGCGCCGCGGCCGGCGUGGAGCAAACGAUGACCGAGGAGGAAUUCUUCGAGUGGCUUCAGUCCGCAGUGCAAUCGGGGGCCUUCGACGGUCCCAUUGACAGCGAUGCCCCCUCCCCUGCCAGGCCCGGCACCAGCAGCGGCAGCGGCAGCGCCAGUGGCUCCAAGAGCAACCUAAAGAAGAGGAAGAAGGGAAAGAAGCAGUGGUGA